AUGGGAAACAACAAUGUCGAGCCGGUGCUACAGCUGCUUGAGAAGGGAGACGCCCCGACAAGGGCACACAUCGAACUUUUACGAGUCACGAAUUGGCAACAAUACUCCAUUGGCCCCCUUUCUUCUUGGCCUCGAGAGCUAUGCACAAUACUUUAUCUCCUCAUGGUUGCACCUCAACCACAGUGCCUACUCAUUGGUACGGAGAACCUACUAUUGUAUAACCAGGCAUACGGCAAGAUGGUUCGAGACUUACACCCUAAGAUAUUCGGCCUACCGUUGGACGACGUGAAAGAGUGGCAGGGGUAUGAGUCCCGAAUGGCAGCUCACCGACACAAGGCUACCUCAAUGCCUGCUUACACAUGUCCCUCAUUCGUCGUACCAAUGAUGAAUCGUGGACGGUUACAAGACGUACAUCUACAGAUGGACAUCGUAACACUACCACCGCCACUGCGAGGCCUUCACCUGUACUUCGCUGAGACCACAGAUUGUGACUUGCGAGAGCGAAGACGGUCGACAGUGCGUGAACUGUCCGAGAUCUGGAGCUCUGCAAGUGAUCUGUUGUCCUUAUGGCCUCUUGUCCUGGACAGUAUCUCUACGCAUGCCAGAGACUUUCCCAUCGCAGCCAUCUACUCUCGCAGGACAAGUCCGGAAUCAGGUAAUUGGCACGAAGAAGACCAGUAUUUUCUAGAGGGAUCCGUCGGUGACUUUGACCAUGCUACCUUCCCACCGGCGUUUGGUGUGAACACCGCAGAAUUGAGCCUGCAACCCUUCAAGCAGGCUAUACUAUCAAAAUCCAAAGUCAUGAUCGACCCGGUGCCCGAGACAUGGGCCGAAGGAUCAUCACAGAGAGGUACUCGCGACAUGUGCACAGAGGCCAUGGUCCUACCAAGCAGCCUUACGCGUUAUCAGGACGUGGAAGCUUUGCUGAUUAUUGGACUACCCACGAGAGCGCCCCUCGACGAACCACAUCAGCAACAUAUCAAGCAACUUCAAGGUGAAUUUGCCGACGUUGUCAACACCUUGAUCGCAACCGCAGAGGCGGCGUAUAGGAGGAAAGAAGAUGCCAGACGAAACCAACUAGAGAAGGACCUGCUCGCCAAGGAAGUUGCUCUUCGUCAGAGGGAAGCAGAAAUGGCAACCGUUUUGGCAGAGAAGGUUCUCACUGUGGUUGAUGCGGUCGAGCAAAAGCACAUUGAGAAGCUUGAAAUAUAUGUACUGACACAAAGCAGCAUUGGGUUCUUCGAGUAUAAGAGCACGGGAGAGAUGGUACGAGCGAACGAGUGCUACUAUCGACUGAGCGGGUAUCCACGAGAUUGUCCAGCCGAUGUCAAACACAAGUUCCUCGAUCUCAUCCACCCAGCCGACGUGGAUCUUGUGUCCAACGCCUGGCGGUCCAUGAUCAAUGGGCAGUGGCAAAAAUUCGAACUGAGGUAUCUAAACGACACUGAGGAAGGUCAAUGGGCCCUAAUCGCGUGCCAGCCAGUCAAAGACAGUAACGGAAAUGUUACUUCCAUCAUCGGUGCGGUGACCGAUAUCUCUACCCAAAAGAGAAGUGAGAAGAUUGCUCUCGACCGUGCGGAGGCACUGGAACAAGCCAGGGCGAGCGAGGAGAGGUUUAAGCGAUGUAUGGACAUCGCCCCUGUCGGAUGCAUGAUAGCCGAUACCACCAAAGGAGUGCAGUACGUCAAUGAGGCAUGGUGGGAGCUCUCUCAGCAUUCUCGUGUACCGCUUGGUGAGAUCGACUGGAAUACGGUGCUCUACGAGGACGAUAUGGAGGUCGCCGACGAAGGUUGGCAGGCGAUGCUCCGUGGCGAACAAGUAACAUACACUUUGCGGCUCAAGAGGCUGUGGUACGAUAGCGAUGGAGGACCUCGAGGUCCUGCUGAAAUCAUGGUCACCGCAUUGCCUGAGUGUGAUGAGACUGGGGAGGUUGUCAGAGUCCUCGGAUUCACAGUCGAUGUGUCCCAUCUUAAAUAUCAGGCGAGAGUACAACGGCUACGGAUGGAAGAAGCACUUGAGGCGCGGAAAAAUCAAGAGAUGUUCUACGACACCGUCUGCCAUGAGAUUCGGAAUCCUCUUUCGGCUGUCAUCCAUUGCGCGGACUCCAUCAAUGAUAGCCUGGUCGAAAUGCGGAAGCUAGUCAAAAGCCUAGCCACAAAGAUUCGAGGCACUUCGAUCGACGAAGCAGAGAUAGGCUUGCUUCUUGAUCAUAUAUCGAGCAGUAAAGAGUCUGCGGAUACCGUUGCAGCCUGUUCCGACCACCAGAGGCGUCUGAUUUCCGACAUCCUCUCCUUGUCGAAGCUUGACUCUCAGCUUCUACAGAUUAGUCCGUCAACGGUUUCUGCUGCGACUCUGUUGGAAAAUGUCCGUAAGAUGUUUCAGACCGAAGCUCAGAGGGUAGGCAUCAUGUUAGAGGCCGCCACCGAUAUUUCCAUGGAUCAACUUAAAGUAGAGCAAGUUCACUUGGACGCUGGGAGAACUCUACAGAUCUUGAUCAACCUAGUCUCUAACGCCAUCAAAUUCAGCAAGAACCAACCAGGUCCACGCCGAAUCAGGGUCGUCAUGGGCGCUGCAAAUGAUAGGCCACUCGAUCUACCUGUCGAUUUCUCGGUGCACAAUCAGGAGUCGAUCUAUGAAGCAUGCACUGAAAGCCAAGACGGGUUCUAUCUAUGGUUUACGGUGACUGAUUCUGGACGCGGCAUGUCAGAGGAGGAGAAGUCACGUAUUUUCACCAGGUUUGCACAAGGGUCCCGGAAGACAUACUCCGAGUACGGUGGGUCUGGGCUUGGACUGUUUAUCUCCAGACAGCUUGUGGAAUUGCAAGGGGGGGAGAUAGGCGUCUCCUCUAAGCUUGGAGAAGGAAGCACGUUCGCAUUCUUCAUCAGCGCACCAGCUGUCCAACCAAUUACACAAUGCGGGUUGAGCACUAUGGCUGACGCGGUUCCAUACCCUACACAGAAGGCUGAUUCAGCCGUCUGUUUCGACAUGACAGAUACGGCGGAGCGAUGUAGGAAGACCAGCUUGCUCGUUGUUGAAGAUAAUAUUGUCAACCAGAAAAUACUUUGCAAGCAACUGAUCAAACACGGUUACAAUGUCCAUGUUGCCAAUAACGGACAAGAAGCCAUCGACUUCCUUACCGACUCGAUGAGGGAAGUCGAGAUCGACUGCGUCUUGAUGGAUAUCGAGAUGCCAGUCCUAGACGGUAUAACCGCGGCGAAGCGAAUCAGGGAGUGGGAGCGAGGAGGCAGCUUCGUCAGCAGCGACAGUAGCGGCAGCAGCAGCAGUAGUAGCUCUGGUUCUAGGCCUAGACUCUUGAGAGGAAGCAGCUCCAACUCGGUUCGAAGUGGCUGCAGUCUGGACAGCAGCAACGCCAGUGACGGCAAGCGGAUACAGGGCAGGCUCCCUAUUAUCGCCAUUAGUGCUAACGCAAGACCCGAACAAACUAAUGCCGCCAUUCUUGCAGGCAUGGAUGAUACGAUUGCAAAGCCAUUCCGGAUCAGCGAUCUUGUACCCAGGAUCAGCCAUCUGCUGAAGUAG